GGAAGCGAGGACAGACUGGAAUGUCGCAGAGGUUUCCUUCGUCUUUCGGAGUCCCAAGAUGACUUUUUCUUGGGCGAUGACGGCUCUCAUAAUCCUGAAUCCACCUUGAGAAGCAAGCAAACGAGAGGUUACAAGCAACUCUUGUCAGCUUUCAAAGAACCACCGAAGAAACCUUUGUCCGAGCUAUAUGAUUUGACAGGAAAUAUGGAACCGGACUUUGGACUUUUCUGUGGCAGCCUAAUAUCAUCCAACCUCGGGGUGACUUUCUACUCUACAGGCAACAAUGUGACUCUGUCUGUCUACUUACCACCAAGGUCAUCCGUGGGCACCACAUCCAUGAUGGGGUCUUUUGGAUUGUAUUUGACAUAUAGGUUUCUCUCCUCGUCGCCAACAAGGAUAUCCGCCAAUGAAGACAAAGACACUCAUGAAGUGCAUCUCGGGAAUAUGGUGGGUAAUACCUACUGCGAUCGAUCUUUCAAGAACUGCGACAAGAAGAAGUGUUUCAUCCGAUCUCCCAACUUCCCCGGACUAUAUUUGCGCAACUUCACAUGCAGCUACAUGAUACGACAAGACAACGUUCCACCUGACAAGCGUGCCCACAUCAUAGUAUCGCAGCCAAAUGAGUACAAGAUAUCGGUGAAUACAGGAUCUUCUCUUAUGUUGUCGGACCCCCGGAAAGCCCUUAACCAAGGAAGCAGUGGAUUGACUACUGACUGUGCUGGCGACGUCGUCAGAAUCUAUGACCGGAUCAAUAGCGAAACCAGUGAAGAUCGUCUUCUUCUGACAGAGUUUUGUGAAUCUGGUUCCUUAACAGACGUUGUUUCUAGUGGCCCAGAAAUGCUCGUACAAUUGUACAGCGCACCUUCAAAUCUGCUUUAUGAGUCAAGACUGGAACUGGAGGUUCGAGUGGAAUUCGUCGACGCAGAUGGCUCAGAAGGCGAAUUCAGCUUUGAUAGGAGCUCCAACUGCGAAAUAAUUGUGGAUGGUUCCAAAACACGCAGCGGAGUCAUCCGAAGUCCUCGUCACAGUGUGCCAAGAAAUACAUCAUGUAUUGCGAGACUCAUAGGUACAAGUUCCCAAAGGGUAUGGCUAUAUUUUGUUUCGUACUUCGUUCAAGAUCACGAGACGCUGGGAUAUGACCAUCAUCCUUCCAGCACCGAGUACCAGCGAAGUCCUUUAUAUGAGGAUGCAUGUGAUAUAAGCUCUUUAGAACUAUUUUUGAAUGUGCAGAAGAAUUCGUCUUAUUAUAAGUUUCAUCACACUAAACCCCCUCAACUAAAUUACACAUACAAAUUUUGUGAAAAAUCGCUCCCUUUGAUGUGCACGAGGGCAUCGGAUUAUGAUGACUAUAUUCCAAAAAGACCUUGCUUGCCACCUUCAGAGAGUUAUAUAUCUGAAAGUUCAGAGGUUCUUUUAAAAUACACAUUCUCUAUGCGUGCAUCGGAUGUUGUGUCCUCCCUCUCUGCUACAUCAUUUAUUCUCAAGUAUGAGUUUGUGGAUACAAGUUUUUCUGGUAAAGGCAGUUCUUUCGAAAUACCUUCAACAAUACCCUGCGGAAGAAAUUUUAGUUCAGAGAUGGAUGUCUCCGGUAUUAUUCAAUCACCAAGGAAUGUGUUCUUAUACGGAAGAGGAGGGCGGGAUCAGCUUUUAUGUGUUUAUCGAUUCCAAAUGCGUCCCAGAGAAAGAAUUGUUCUUGAAGUUCUCCAUUUUCAAUCAGGUAUUAAUAAUUGUUCAACGUUUUUUGAUCCAUUGCUCCGUAGGUUCUAUUGUCGUUUCAACAGCGAAACUCUUUCACGCCAAAUUCCGCACAGACAUGCUUUUCUAACUUUUACUGAAACUCCUUCUUCCUCACCUGUCCUUUUCGGUUGUAUGUGUGAAAACGCAGUGCAGCCCAUAUCCUCAAUUGCAUUUACCUCUUCAUCUUUGGAGCAUUCUUCUACCGUAACAAUGAAUUUUGAUGUUUCCGGUAUGACAGCUUUUGAAGAUUUUGAAGACUUCUCUUUCAGUGUUCGUUACCAGGUCAUCCGAUCAAACUCAAGUGAUCGUGAAUGCAGCGUCCUUCCGGACAAUUUAGAUAGGAACAGGACGCAUGGAGGGGAAUUGACUUUUCAAGCGUCCCCUGUUAGGAAUAUACUAGGUGAUCAUCCUCUUCGUUGCCAGUGGUUUCUUCAGUCUUCUUCCACUGAUACAUAUUUGUAUCUACAACUGCAUGGAUUAUCGUGCGAUGGUCACCACGAGCUUGAAAAUCUUAAUAGAGUUGUGCUUUAUACCAGCGGAAGUGAUGGUCUUAUGUAUCCCAAAACGGUGCUAUGCCUCCCAUCUUCUACAGAAACUACAAAGUCGAGAUCUGCUAAUGAUUUGUUUGACUUUUUUUCGUCUUCUUGGCAUAACAAUGAUUCUACUACUGCUCAAGUGCUGCAACGUGAUGACUUUAGAAAUUUUGUUGCUUAUCACGAGAAAAACCAAUCCAUAACAGACAAAGUAAUCGUAGAACUCAUGGCUUACAGAAAAGGCACUCUAACCAUACGGUGGUUGGAGGUCACUAGACCAACCUCUAAACCAAUAAAUGGCGAAAUUAAAGAAGACGAAGGCAGAACUAUGAAAAAUGUCAACUGCUUGUUUGAAUGUCCAGAACUCAGUGCCUGCAUCAAUCCUGAGCUAUGGUGCGAUGGUGUAGUGCACUGUCCUCAUAGCGGAUAUGACGAGUCCUCCGAAAACUGUCAACAAACGGUGACACUUUACAUCUCCGUUGGCUUUGGGUGUUUGGUUGUAUGCAUUGGGAUUGGUCUGGUGGCUUUUUUUCUGUUCAGACGAUACUCAGAGAAAAGGCAUAACCACCAACAAACGCAUCCAGCAACUUUUGAACACCACCCGCAUUGUUUGCAACACAAUCAACACCGCGACUUAAGUAGUAAAAACUUUCAGAAUACAUCUCCGGUGUUUAUAGUCGGAGGUAGUACAAAAAAGAAGAAAAAGAAGAAUAAAGAUGACUUCGUGAGGCACAUUCAGACUGUGGAAGUCCGUUUUCCGGAUAUUCAUAUGUGAUGAUUUGUGUUUAUGAAAUUUCAUCCAUCAUGUUUAUCCUCAUGUCUAUAGUUUUGAAUCUUUUUUCUACAUGGAAAAAAAAUUGCCCUUUUACAUUAAACCUUGUUAAACAACU